CUACGGGAUGCUGCGUAACUCUGUGGAUAUCCGUUAUAACGUGCUCAAAUAAUUACCCUCAACAUCGCACACUUUCUAACGACUUCUACCUCGACGUUUCUUACGACCACAGCCAUCAUCUCUCCUCCAGUUCUAAUUGGGUUUCUUGCAAAGUAAACCCCACAUCUGAGACACCGUACGACUACGACUCAUUAACAACACUGCACUAUGUCUUUUCUGGAUCGUUUAAAGGAAGGAGUUACGAAGAUAACGCCCAGUGGCAGACCUUCUAAGGGUCGUUUUGCGAGAGGAAUAGGGAACGGUGGUCAUGUUGGUUUUGAGGAUGAUAUGAUCAUUUCAAAACCAGCCGUCGUUUUCCACACCUCUCAAGUCUUCUUCAACUUUUUAGCCAUGGCUUGUUUUGCUAGUGUUGCUGCGUUUCAAGGAAAAUGGGGAGUUGGACCUUCUGGAUUAACGGGUUUCGGCCUGUUUAUCACUAUUAUGGGGAUCUUACUCUCAUCGUUUAUGAUGGCUAUACCGGUCGCAUACGAGAAAUAUGACAAAAUGAUCAGACUGGCGCGUGCGUUGAAAGAGGUACGCGUCGGGUUCAUCCUCACGGGGACGGGUACAGGGGCGAGUUUGUUGAUUGCGUUCAUCGUUACAAUUUCAGCAUGGACACAGCCCGGGUGCAAGAACGCGGAUAAUGAUCCUCACGCGGACAAGGGUGAUGACUUCAAAAAAGGCCUCAUUGGAUGGUGUAAUACCAAAAAGGCUGCAGCUAUCUUUCUUUGGUUGGCGUUUGCUUUCUGGGGAGCGUCCCUUGGACUUCUCAUCAUGAACUGGCGUCAAGGAAAACUUCUUGGACCUCGCGACCCGCCGUUUGAGCAUCCCACAGAUAUGAAUGAUGCCCACGAAGAUGACGACGAGGAGGCCUCUUAUCACCACAUACCCCCAGUUCGAUCUACGUCUAACACUGACGUCCCGGCCAACCCCUUCACCGAUUCCAACCGCUACUCCGCCGCUUCAUCUGCACCCAUUGCCAACUACACCACCUCCAAUUAUUCACCUGCUGUUCCUGUCGCCGCUGGACGUCCAAGUAUGGAUGCGUAUGGUGCAUUCUCGGAUCCGGCUCCGUCUGGAUUUGGUGUACAUUCUCCAGCGAGGGCGAAUUCUGGCGGUGCUCCGAUGAUUCCAGGACCGGAUUUGGGACCUCAACUUAGCCGAACGAUGCAAUACGCAGACCCUUAUGCCGCUGUCAGAGCCAACUUAACUUCCGCACAGCAGCAGCAGGCGCAUUCUUCACCGUAUGGAGCACCUAGUGUACCGCCCAGUUACGAGAGUUAUACUGGAUACCGAUGAUGAUGACGAUUCAUUGAACUUGUAGUGCGUUGACGCUUCAACCGUGAUGAACGGACUGAAGGACUAUUCACUCAUGUAAACAUACGCUUUUACUAUUUGUAUUUAUCUUUACUUUCUGUUCCAAAGUCCUGGAGCUUAACAGUCCCUUGCAAGGGAAAGUGGACAGUGACCACUUCCGUCUCGUCGAACGAGACGCUAUCGAAUACACUGCUGAACUAUUCUUCAGACAACGAUAGUACAGAGUGGAAGUAUACAGGGAAAAGAAGUAUCUUGAUAGACGUAUACAUGGAGGGGCUAUGGGUGAGGCCUCAACGUCUCAACACUGACACGCUCCUUCACAUCCCUGUCUCCUUUAAUAUUCACGUUCAAACUCUUCACCCUACUAGUACUAUUAGCGUCCGAUUCAACAUCAUGAUCAUCCCGUGUUUUUAUAUCGUUCUCAACCGUUUGAAUCUGAUGAACAUGAACCCCCAUCCUCCGACUCACAGUCAUUGGAUAUGCCAUCGACUCUUCCUCCGUCGAGACUGCUCCGAUUGUUCCUGGGCCGUUGAUAUAUUGACACCGACAGUGGAAUCGCGUUGUGAUAUCAGAUAGAACUGUUGUCAACGUUCCACCGUCUAAAGCUGCACGACGUAGCACGAUCCGGACGUUUAUCAAGCUGAAUGCUAUUCCAGCCAUGACGGCGAUGUUGUCUUCUGCUAAGGAUUCGAGGGAGGAUUUGGCUCCGUAGAGGGAGGCGAAGAAGAGCACCCAGAUACUUGGUUAGUGGAAGUUCGUUUUGGUGGAAAAAAUAUAAGAUUGGAGGGUGGGUGGGGUGUGUGUGAGUUGGAGUCAGUCAAUGGAAG